AUUAACAAGUUGUCAUAUGUCAAAGUUCGAUUUGAAACUUACCGUUUAAAACAGUCGUUUAAAUGCCAUUCAUUUAAAUUUGUUAUAUUAAAGCUUUAAAAUGUGUGAUACUCCAUUUAAGCCAUAUCCUCACAAAAAAGCGAAACUAACAAAUUCAGAUAGUGAACAAAGUGUAAUUUCAGAUACAGGUUCAACAAACUCCGAUCAAGGCUCAACAGGAGAUUUAACUAUAGUGGCUUGUUAUGAUGAACUAAUACGGUUAUAUCAGCAAAAAAUCGAAGAUAGAGAUACUCUGCACGAAAGCUUCUAUAAUUUUGCAGAACAAACGCAUUUACUUUACGAAGAAUGGAGGAAAAAGAUAGCAGAAUGCGAUAGACUCCGAACCGAAAUAGAUGAAAAAAACGAGGAAUUAAAUGAAUACAAUAGACGUCUUAAAAGUGCCAGAAAAUUGUUGGAUGAAGAAACUAGGAAAAGAAAAAUUUCUGAUAACGAAUGUGCCGUACUUAAGCAUCAAAUUGCCAAAUUUUGUAAUUCACUUGUUAAGGAUGGAAGAAAUAAACUUGCCGACGAUACUAAACAACAAAUUAGUAAUCUUUACUCGGGUAGAAUGAGCUUUGGGGAUGCAGAACGUCUUAGUGCCAUCAAAGAAGUCAAUUCUACAGGUUCAAUACUCUCUGACUUCAGUUAUUCUCGUUCAGAGGAUGAUUUAGAUUCUUCCAGAGUUAGUAAGGAAUGGAAACGCCAAAGAAGUGAUGAACCAGAAGAACCAACAAGCAAAAAGCGAAAAUCUUCAACAAAAGCAGUUGAAAUUGGAAAUGCGGAUACUGUUAGAGCCACUACUACUCUAACUAUAAAUAAAGAUGGCCCCAUAACUGCAACUUCAAUAAUUGAAUCUAUCCCGAAAUCUGAGGAGGACUUGGCGCCUGUAGUUCCUCCUAAUUUGGUAUUUGAAUCAUGGGAUCAACAAGAUAAAAAAAUAAAUUUUCCUCAAAUAGAUGGUACUAAUUACCGAAAACAUUAUUUUCAACAAAAAACUGUCGUGAUGCCGAACAUAUGUAUGGUUUGUGAAAAACACAUCCGCUUUGGUAAAACUGGUUAUAAAUGUAAAGAAUGCAAAAUGUUUUGUCAUUCAGAAUGUAAGGAUAUGUUACCGACACCUUGCGUACCUGUCAUAAAUACACCAACCUCAAAGAAAUUCACAGGUACUGUUGCCGAUUAUACGCCUACAAGUCCUCCAAUGGUGCCAUCUUUAAUUGUACAUUGUGUCAAUGAAAUCGAGUAUAGAGGAUUGAAAGAAUUGGGGAUUUAUAGGAUUCCUGGAUCCGAGAAAGAUGUUAAAGGGUUGAAAGAAAAAUUUUUAACCAGCAGGAUAGCACCUAACCUCAAAGAAGUAGACAUCCACGUGAUUUGCGGUUGUAUAAAAGAUUUCCUUCGCUCCCUCGCCGAACCUCUAAUUACUUAUGCCCUCUGGCAAGAUUUCGUUACGGCAGUUAGAGCUAAAGACCCCAACGACGUGGCUCCAGCGUUGUACGAAACAAUUUCAAAAUUACCCCAACCAAAUAGAGACACCUUAGCGUUUGUGAUUUUACAUUUACAAAAAGUCGCCCAAAGUCCCGAUUGUAAAAUGCCCGCCGAUAAUUUGUCCAAAGUUUUUGGUCCAACUAUAGUCGGUUAUUCUUCUAAUCACCCCGAGCACAAUAAAUUAAUCGAAGAAACUAAAUAUAUAGUUAACGUUAUGUCUCAUCUUCUGAAGAUACCUUCCGAUUUUUGGUUUAAUUUUAUCAACGUUUGUCUCACUCCGUCGACCAACAGGCUACAACAAACACCCAGUACGGAUUCUUUAUUGAGACCGACGGCUACGAAAUUUUUCACUCCGGUUACCAGGAGUGAAGGGAAAUUUAGGAAAAAGAGAGAGGGGAAGUUUUUCGGAACCCCGCCAGCUUAUAAAUAAUUGUUUUUGUAAUUUUCAUACAAGGAUAUUUAUUUUUAUUAUUAUUAUCAUUGUUUGAGAUAUUUUUAUACAGCCUGUAUAAAUAUUAUGCAGUUUAUGUGUUAUGGAUUAAGUGGUAAGUGGGACCGUGGGGCAUUAUGAAAAAUUGAAUUGUUCAACACCUAUGGGGACGAGUGAUAAAAAACAAACAAACAAAAGUGGGAUAACUAUUGAGCCCUGUGGCACACCAGAUAUUAUUUCGCUAGCCUUCUUCGUUUCCAGUAAGACAAGCAAUAUAGAGAGUAGCUAGAGUCGACCAUCUAUCAGUCAGCUUCUCUCAGUCCUGUUAUCGAGAAUGGAGGCGUCGUAUUUAUAAUCUGAGUCGUAAAAUUUUGAAAAAGAAGAAAUUAUGAGUCCAUCCUUUUAUAUCAGAAAAGAUUUUACCUAAAAAAUAAUAGAUUAAUGUUAUUUGUUAAGAAACUGAAAUGAACCCAGACCUCCAUUUGGCCCCAAGCCCCAUUAUACCCUACACUCAAUACCCCAUCCCUCAGAACCAAAAAAAAUCAACUAAUCAAAUGUUGAACGAAUUCCUAUAAACAACCAUAUCUAAAUAGAUAACACCAAAGAUCAAAAAGAUAUAAAUCGAAUCAUUAUACUUACUCCACCCUCAUAGAGUCUUGUAUAUAAUUCCUGGAGGAGGGCGAUUUAGAGGCGUUGAAGCGGAACUGAUCCAGGUAGGGGUUCGACGUUGGAGGCACCGACGUUCAGGACAGAAAGAAUAUAGAUAAUUUCCUUAAAAUAAUGACGUUUAACCUUAUAAAAAAUGAAAUCGACGAAUCGCGGUUUCUCUCGCACUGACAUGUUUUGUCACUCAUCCUUUUUGUGAUACCACGAAAUAACCUCUAACCUAUGUACUUAACCUAUGUAUUUAAGAAAAAACGUGGUAGUUGAUUUUAUAAUUACAAUAAAAUCUUUGGCAAGUUAAUUAUAUACAUUUUAUUCUCCUAGCUAGUUUUGAAUUGAAAUUAUAAUUUUAGAUAUUCGGAAUACAUUUUGAAUGUGUGUCAAAAUUAUUUACGCUAUUUACAAACGUCUAGUUUCUUAUAUGUGUGCUACCCCAUCAUGACCCCUUUCCCCAAUAUGCAUAAUGUCCGGUUAUUAUAGAUAAUAACGCCCACAAUCACUUGAUUUGUAACAUAUGAUGAAUUCAGUAGUUUACUUUGACUUAAUAUCAAAAUACAUGGAAAUUUAACUAUUCAAUAAA